ACCUUGAAAAUGGAGGGGACUGUGUUUAGCCUUGCUUUGGAGGGAAUGAAGAAUGUCAAGUCUGACAGAGGAGAACUGUUGACAGAGCCUUUCUUAGAUGUCUGCAAACACAUAUUGCCUAUUCUAGACAAAUUUGGAGCUGCAAUGACGGUUGUGAAAUCCGAUAUUGGUGGUAAUAUAUCGAGGCUGGAAUCUAGAUACAAUUCCAAUACAACUAAAUACAACUACUUGUUCAAUUUCGUACAAGCAGAAGUUGAAACAAAAACGACAAAAUCAUCAUCAAGUUGUUCAAAUGGUCUUCUUUGGUUGACAAGAGCAAUGGAUUUCUUGGUGGAGCUAUUUCGGAACCUACAUGACCAUCAAGAUUGGACAAUGACACAAGCUUGUACCGAUUCCUAUAGCAAGACAUUGAAGAAAUGGCAUGGCUGGCUAGCUAGUUCAAGUUUCACUGUUGCUAUCAAGCUUGCUCCUGAUAGGAAGAAGUUCAUGGAGGUGAUAGGUAGCUCAGGAGAUAUCCAUGCUGAUAUGGAAAAUUUUUGCACAACCUUUACACCAAUUCUUCAAGAGAUCCACAAGUUUCUGGCUAAAGUUGGCUUGGAUAGCUUGAAAGCUUCAUGA